AAUUGAAACAGAGAGAGAGAGAGAGAGAGAGGCGGUACGAGGAAGGAACGGGAGGAAGAAGAUGCCGCCUAAAUCCGAUAGCGUCGAAGGCAUCGUUCUUGGCUUCGUCAAUGAGCAAAAUAGGCCAUUGAACUCUCAGAAUGUUGCUGACGCCCUGCAGAAAUAUAAUCUGAAAAAAACUGCUGUCCAGAAAGCACUGGACACACUAGCGGAUAAUGGACAAAUUUCGUAUAAAGAGUAUGGCAAACAGAAGAUCUACCUUGCUCGUCAGGAUCACUUCAAGAUACCAAAUAACCAAGAGCUGGAUCAGAUGAAGAAGGACAAUAGCAAAUUACAGGAUGAACUCGGAGCACAAAAGAAAACUAUAAGCGAGGUGGAGGCUGAAAUUCGAGUUCUUCAUUCGAAUUUGACAUUGGAAGAAAUACGAGAUAAGGAGGCUAAGCUAAUUGGCGAGGUCGAGGAAAUGGAAGAAAAACUGAGUACAUUGCGCAGUGGGGUUGUUUUGGUAAAGGCAGAAGACAAAAAGGUGAUUGAAGAAACCUAUGCUGAGAAGAUCAAUCAGUGGAGAAAGCGUAAGAGGAUAUUUAAAGAGUUAUGGGAUGCUAUAACUGAGAACUCACCUAAGGACCUGAAAGAAUUUAAGGAGGAACUUGGUCUGGAGUAUGAUGAAGAUGUUGGAGUGAGUCUGCAAUCUUGCAGUGAACUGAUUAAUCCUGGUAAGAGAAGAAAAACAGCCCGUUGAUAUCACCGACCUGUUUCUAUGAAUGAUGCUAUGUUAUUCAUAUACAUACGAUCUUUAAAAGGUUUAGACACUCUUAAGAGAAGAGUUAAGAAGUUCUUUUAUGUUGUCUUCUUUUACCGUUGCUAAUUUUGGUAGCAGCCCAAAUGAUGUUGAUCUUGUCAUAGAAACUUCUUAUGAGUAGCCAUUAUAUCAGCAAAAGAAAUUACUAACAUUGGUCGUCUUCUUGUCUUCUG